CUAAUUUAUAAUUUGGUUUAUCAAUAUUUAUCUGCAUAUGACUGCAGCUGGAAUCACUAAGCUUUCACAGAGAUUACAACUAAUUAGAUCACAAAAAAUAUAUCAAAUUAAACGCGUGAUGAGUACGUUUUCAAAUAUUGAUGACAGAGCUGAAACACGAAAGAACUCUAAGGAGGAAGAGAUAAAGAAAGAGGAGUGGUGGGUGCCACAUCCUCGAACAGGAAUAUAUUUUCCAAUAGGGCAAGAAAGAGUAAUGAAUGAUAUACCAAAUGGUGCAGCCUCUCUUCCCCAGAAUUAUUGGUUAAGGAAUGAAGAUGGUGUUGAAAAACCCGACCCGGAUUCUCCUAUUGCCUAUAAACAUUACUAUUAGUUCUUAAGUACUUAUUAGAUAAUAAAAUAAAAGACUAUGGAUCUUCCAAAAAUAACUAGUAAUCUUAUAUAUAUGAUAUUAAUGUUAUAUAUAUAGUUGUAAUGUAAUGUAAUAAUAACAUACGUUGCGAAAUAAUAAUGUAUUACUAUAACAUAUGGUUUAUUAUAUAUUCAGGCAUGUUGGAAAAAAAGAGAAAAAAAAAGGGACAAGAGUGAUGUCUUAUGUUAAAAAAGAUGUAAAUAGUUUUAAUUUUCAAGUUUGUUGAAAAUUAAUAAAUAGUAAUAUUUUUUCCUCCGUAGUCUUUAUCAAAUCUAAGAAUCAAAAUUCGACAAUAUUUGUUAGAGACUAAAAUUAUGAAUUUUUUAUAUUUUAUAAAUUUUUUUUAUAGUUUUAAAAUAUUUAUUUUUUUUAUUUAAAAUAUCAAAUUAAUAUAAUCUAAUUUUAUUUUGAAAAUAAU